UUUACUUUAUGUAUUUUUCCUGAAUUAGGAAGAUUCCAAGUGUGAUUGCGGCACUGCAAUAAUUAAUCACUGGACUAUGAUUAUGUGAUGAUAUAUAGAGUCAUUAUCUCUUAAUUUCCUCGAUCCCAAAGUCUGAUUCGCUAUAAGAAAAUCUACUCUUAGCUUGAAAACGAUAGCUUCGGAGAUUACAUCUACACAACCCUUGUCUCAAUUGCAUGCUCAUUUCUAUAAUUGAAGCCGCCACUGACCUUGGAAAAUCUUUUGGCCACCAAGUAAUGGACAAUAUCCAUACUGUGCCGGAACCGAAUUUGAUAAUUAAUUUGCACUUUUUUUCUUUUUUUUUGUUCACAACAUUUGUGGACUCAAAAAAACAACAACUCUAGAAUUAGGGCCUCCUUAGGAGGACUUGGUCUUGUUUAAGACAAGGAAAGAGGCACUUAACUAGGCUGUUCUCCCACAGGAUCACCAACUACAAUCAUAUGUAAUGCAACCAACAAUGCUGUGUCCAAAAUGUUGCCAUCAUUUUGAGCAAAGCAGAGCUCAAGGUGUCAUGAGGAACGUGUGUGUUGAAUCUCAUACCUGUCGUGUGCCAGAGAUUUUUAGAAAGAUCCAUAAUGCGUAUUUACAUACAUAGUCACUAUAAAAUGUGAUUAUAUGAGACAAUUUUUUUCAAAAAAAAAAAAAAGAAAAGAAAAUAAUUCAUCCACAUGAAUAAGUAUUAAUCAGGUCAGAUCAUUAAACAAUUUUUUUCUUUAGUAAUUUGGGGUCAAUUUCGGUCCAGUUCAGACACUGAAAUUAUAUGAUUAUAUCAAUUUGGAAUGUGGCUUAAUGGUCUUGAACAUUGAAAAUGAAAGGACUGAAACAACAUCUUUAUAAAACUAUGUCAUAUAGGUGUAUAUAUAAAAGAAAAAAGAAGAAUGGUAAAAAGUAUAUGUGUAAGUUCUAAUAACAAGAGAUAUGGGGCCUAGGCGAAUUUCUAAUAUGAGAGGUGAAAUGGCAGGGCAGGAACAUUGUUUCAUACUGUGUCUUCAUAUGCUGCACCAUUCUCUCCUGACAGCUGGUGGGUUACAAUGGCCACAGACCAUACCUAAUGCCAAUACAGUGGAGAGAACCCAAAACCCAAAAAUCUCCUCUCUAUCUAUAAAUAGAUCAGCCUCUCAUCUCUACCCUUUAUUAUAUAUUUACUGCAUCAUAUGCUACUAUGCAGUUGCUCCUAUUGCAGUGACAACAGGAAUAGAGUAUAUAGUAGCUAGCUCAGUAGUAGUCAGCUCAAUUCUUUGGUCACCUCUCUCGAUCACCUCAACAAUGUCUGAUAGAGAAAGAAACUCGAGCUUUAAUAACCGCCAGCACGUAUGCGAACCCUGCAGAUCGUUCGGUCAGAAAUGUAGCCAUUUGGUGAAGAAGCAAAGGGCCAAGUUCUACAUUCUCCGCCGGUGCAUAGCCAUGCUUGUUUGUUGGCAUGAGCGUGAACGUGGAGAACCCUGAAAAGAAAAAUUCAUUAAAUUUAGAUAGUUGCAGCUUCUAUAUUUAUAUAUAUAUAUAUAUAUAUAUAUAUAUAUAUAAUAUUUUGUUGG